CAUGCCUGAACCCGCCAAGUCCGCCCCUAAGAAGGGCUCCAAGAAAGCCGUGACCAAGAGCGCCGCUAAAGGAGGCAAGAAGAGGAAGAGGAGCAGGAAGGAGAGCUACGCCAUCUACGUGUACAAGGUGCUGAAGCAGGUCCAUCCUGACACCGGCAUCUCCUCCAAGGCCAUGAGCAUCAUGAACUCGUUCGUCAACGACAUCUUUGAGCGCAUCGCCUCCGAGGCCUCCCGCCUGGCUCACUACAACAAGCGCUCCACCAUCACCUCCAGGGAGAUCCAGACCGCUGUGCGCCUCCUGCUGCCCGGUGAGCUGGCCAAGCACGCUGUGUCUGAGGGCACCAAGGCUGUCACCAAGUACACCAGCUCCAAGUAAAGCCCUCUGCUCCAUCACCGCAAACCCAACGGCUCUUUUCAGAGCCACACACCUCAUCUAAAGAGCUAUGAUCACCUAAACUAAAUUUUUAUUUCAGUUGUAAGCUAUGCUCAUGGUAGGAUGCUACCAUGAGCAACAGGAGUAAAAUUGUUUUGAUACUCCAUUGAUACUGUCUCACAGAAUACUGAUACCUGCUGGACAUCUAAAGACACUAC